AUUUCUUAUCCCUGUUUCAAUAUAACGUAUUAAAAUUUUGGCUCCCGUGUUUACCUAGACAGUAAUGUAAUAUAAACUGGUUAAUGCUUAAGAGCAACAAGCGUAUGAUGCAAUAACGUCAUAUUUACCAAGAUGAAUUCGCUGCUGGGCGUCCCUUUGAUAAAAUCCCUUUCUUUGUUUCUUCUUCUUAUAAAGCAAACUGGUGCUGACGAAGAAGCGAAUGAUUGCCUCUUUGUUUCCCACCUUACUGGCGAGGAUUUUCCUCACUGCGGUUCUUCUCUGACACCAUGCCGGCGUUUAUCACAAGCACUACAACUUGUUCGUGAUGGCGGCAAGAUUUGUCUUGACGGAAGGAAAAGUGAAUUACAUCCAUACGGCUGUUUAAGAAUUGAUAACAAUUCUGAUGGGGAAGAAAGGAUAAUAAUACUCAAAAGUGUUACAAUACAAGGUCACUUCUCUGAGGCCCACAUUUCCUGUGAAAAUCCCGUUGGUCUAAUUUUUGGCACACAUGCUACAGCUGGCAUUCUUAAAGUUACCCUCUCUAACCUUGUAUUCAACGCUACUAAUGCCAUUUUUUAUAAAGUGUGCUCCUUUGAUGUUGCAAUAACUAAAUGCAAGUUUAUAAACUGCUCCUAUGGAGUUGGCAUGCGACAAGAAGAAUCAUUUUCACCUAGCUGCCAGAAGUCGACGCUUGCAGUCAGCGACAGUGAAUUCUGGUACAAUAAAAACUCUAUAAUAGUCCACUUAUUUAACGAAUUCUUCAAUCUGACGAUAUCAAGAUGCCUUUUCCAGGGCAGAAAGGGACAGUUUAAUGUAACAUCGUGGGACAGAAAAACAACAGCUGCCGUAUACGUCCAUUCGACAGUUUUGAGGGAGCUUCCGAAGAUGUAUGUAGCUGCGUCCAUCACCGAUUCCAUUUUCAGAGAGCUCGGUCACGAGGACAAUGGCUUCGCUUUCUCGGUGAGAAUUCGGCACGAUUUCAGCUAUGGAAAUUUGAUAUUUUCAAACUCUUCGUUUAUAAAUAACGAGAAUGCUGUUUUUGUCCAUGGUGGAUUUGGCUUAAGAUUAACCAAAGUGACUAUAAACUCCACGUAUGGGUAUGCCAUCACGGCCAGUGGUCCCCCCAAAACAACACCUACAACACCGGGGAUAAAAGUUCUCCUCGACCAGUGUCUUUUGGCAAACAACAGGUUUGGCAUUCGGAUGUCAACCACUUCUUGUUUAGGUAAUGAUUACAUUUGCUCAACAAGCGACCAAACACUUGUUGUAAGAAACAGCCUAUUUCUAGGUCACGAAACACGCGGCUCUGGAGAUGCAAUCAGAUUUGCAAUAAUACGUCCCACGCAGGAACCGAGUCCGAAAACACAAACACAACUUUCUCAUGAUGUGGAGACGAUGCAACCAGAUCAACAGUUAUAUUUGUCUUCAGACUUUGAAGCAAAGUUACUUCUUGAAAACGUUACUUUUCGCGAAUUACACGGCUAUGCCCUGUCCGUUCAAGCCGAUAAGAAUGUCCGUGGGCUGAUUUCCAUUAAAAACUGCAAGUUUCUUAACAACUCUCAGUUAAUGCAUCGUUUGGUCGAUCGAGCAACCGUACAUAUCGAAAUUAAAGACGAAGAUCCGCCUAAAUGUCGCGAACAAGAACGGAGCAACACUAAUGAAUUCAUGUGGAAGAAGAACUUUACGCUCCCUGUCAUAUUUGAGGAUAGCAUAUUUGAAGGCAACGUGGGUGUCUCUGGAGCUUUAGACCUCAUGAACGGCAACGUCACCAUCAAAAACUGUCAUUUUAAAGACAACGAGGGAUUAACACCGGGUGGUCACGUGUUCAUGAAAACAGGCUAUGGCAGACUUAACAUUGUGAACAGUUCAUUUCUUCAAACAGCUUUAAAACGAUUAUCUAACGUAAAACAAUCAGUCUCUAGCUAUGGCUGUUUUCUCCGCUCUGAGAGUGUCGGUCCCGUCACAAUUGAAAGUUCUUCUUUUACAGCUAACGUCGACAGGGAAUUUUAUAACCCUCUGCUCGAAGUUACAAAGUGCAGCUCAAUAAACAUUGAUAACUCUUCUACUCUUCGAUGCCGGAACGGACGGCAAAUGAAACAAGAAAAAAUUAUAACCGGUUUUGAACUUGUCAAGGAUGGUAAUGAGAAACUUGUCUGGGAUGGUGACGAGACAUGUUGGGCGAACGUCAGUUACAUCAAAUUAUUCUGUGAUGAGUGUCCCGAUGGUUUCUAUACUUUACAGCGAGGUUCAACCAGUGGUUUAGAUAUAAACAAGGACACUGAGUGCCUGAAAUGUCCCUACGGAGCAAAAUGUGAAAAUGGAAACAUUAUAGCCAAAGAGAACUUUUGGGGCUUCAGCAUUUCAACAAGACCACCAAGUCUGCAAUUCAUUUCAUGUCCAGUGGAAUACUGCAGAACUCCAACCCAUUCCUCUCGUCAAGCUUACAAUGUUUGUCAUGGUAACAGGUCAGGCGAGCUGUGUGGCCAAUGUUCUGCUGGGUACAGUGAAGUCCUGUAUUCCACGUCAUGCAGAAAAAUAGAGAAAUGCAAUGAUCACUGGUUUUGGGUGGCAUCGUUUAUCUACGUCAUGUUCUUUGCACUUUACGUCGUCUUUAGGCCUCCUAUCUUCUCACUGUUAUAUCAGCAGAGCUUGUGGUUUACGAAAAAAGCCGAAAAUGUUCGCCAACAGUCGUCAUCAAACGAAGACAACAGUGAUAAGCACGAUGCUGGGUACCUGAAGAUCGUCUUCUAUUUUUAUCAAGUUGCAGAGUUGGUGAUGGUUAAGUCCCCCGAGAAUACUCUACAUAUGGUUCCCUUCAUUCCACCAGUGAUUGCACUUUUUAAUUUUCAAGUAAAAACUAUGAAUGGUAGCAUUGGCUGUCCAUUUCCUGGUCUUGAUGCCGUCACCAAAGAACUAUUCAUGUGUUUAAAGUUUUUGGCAACAUUGAUUUCCGUCGGUUUCAUCCACGCCAUUCAUCGAUUCAUUAGCAAAUCGUUUCACUUGGCAGCCCCAUCACUGCCAUUGUAUCUGGCCGUGGCGCUGGAAACAUUGUUACUUGGAUACGAAACACUUGCAGACACAACUCUCAAGCUCAUUCACUGUGUUCCUAUUGGCCAGGAGUGGCGUCUGUUUAUGGAUGGGAACAUUCAGUGUUGGCAGUGGUGGCAAUAUCUGUUGAUUGUCUUCAUAGUGGCGUUUGUCAUUCCCCUGGUUUUAGUCCUUUUCUGGGGAUCGCUGAUGCUUUCCAAAGACAGAGUGUCGGCUAAGGAAUUCUUGAUAUCUUGUGGAUUCCCUUUGCCUUUUCUUCUUAUCUGGCUCUUUCGAUACUGCAAGAAGAGACCAAAUAGAAACCAACCUUACCCGUCCUGGGUAAAUUCACGCGACGAUGCAGAAGAAAUCAAAAAGGUUCUUCAUGAUCCAUUCCGACCUUCCUCUGAUGGCAAGCAUGGCACAUUAUACUGGGAAAGUGUACUGACUGGCCGAAGGUUGAUCUUGCUGACCAUCCAUGCUUUCUCCACAGAUCCAAUGAUACGUUUCGUCUGCCUGGAUUUUGCAUGUUUUCUAAUUCUCCUGCAUCAUCUUACAGCAAGGCCAUUCCGCGAGCGUAAAGCUAAUAUCUGGGAGAGCCUUUCUCUUAUUAGCUUGGUUGCUAUCUGCACUGUCAAUUUAGCGGAAGCCACGUAUAUUUCCGAGGGAAUAGAGCCCACGGGACCAAGUAACAGCCUUCUUCACGCUUUUCUGUGGAUCGAGGUUGUCUUGCUCGGCCUGCUACCUUCUGUUGCUUGUCUCCUUGUGGUGUUUGCUGUUUUAUCUCAAGUUACCCGAGUCUUGUACCACUGCAUCAGAAUCUUGUCAGCUGCUAUGCACGAAUGCGUAACACGUGCAAUGCCUCUUGGUUCUUCAUCAAGGUCCAGGCAACUGGUUCUUAUUGACUGGGGGGAUCCUGAAGAAUUGCAUAGUGUAAUAUAA